AAUUAAUCUAAAAAAAAAUAAAUGCUUCGAGUGAGCUGUAUAGUCCCAUGUGGUAGACAUGCCAAGUAUGGAAACAGCUUCAACACAAUAGUUCCGCACAUGAGAAAUGAGGUUUUGCAGGGAAGGAUAAGAUUCAGAGUGAGAGCACUGAAAGAUGAAAAGAAUGGAGGCAAAGGUGGAUCACCUGGUCAGAGCUGGGAUCCUGGCUUGGAGAUUGAGGUGCCGUUCGAGCAACGCCCGGUAAACGAAUACUCAUCUUUGAAGGAUGAGACUUUAUACUCGUGGGCUGACCUCAGCCCAGGGUCGUUUUUCCUACGCCUUGGAGGGCUCUGGUUUGUCACUUUCACAGUCCUGGGAAUACCUAUUGCAGCUGCGAGCUUCAAUCCUUCAAAGGAUCCUUUACGAUUUGGCCUCGCUGCAGGCACAGGAACUCUCUUUCUCGUUUCACUAAUUGUCCUGAGGAUUUAUCUGGGAUGGAGCUACGUUGGCGAUAGGCUUUUAUCCGCAGUCAUACCGUAUGAAGAGACUGGUUGGUAUGAUGGGCAGAUGUGGGUGAAACCACCAGAGAUCCUUGCUCGAGAUAGGUUGCUUGGCUCAUACAAGGUUAAACCAGUCAUUAAGUUGCUGAAGCAGACUCUAGUUGGAACUGGAGCGCUGCUUGUUGCAGCUGUUUCAUUGUUCAUUUUUGCAACACCAGUAGAAGACUUCAUCCAAAAGACCUUUGUUCAAAAAGAAAAUCUAUCGAACAUCUCGACUUCAAAGACGGCUGAUAAGUUCAAUAUAAGGAAGGAGGAGCUGCUAAGAUUGCCAGUUGAGGUGCUGUCUGACAAUGAUCUAGCAGCAGCAGCUGCGGAAGCUGCUGAUGGAAGGCCUGUCUAUUGCAGAGACAGGUAUUACCGUGCCUUAGCAGGUGGGCAAUACUGCAAGUGGGAGGACCUACUCAAGUAACAGGUUAAAGAUGAACAACUAUUCAAUUUUGACACCAUGCACAUGGCCAAUUGGCCACAUUAGCUGGAGCUAGAGACCAUUUGGAAAGCAUCAGAUACAUGUCAGAAAUGCAGGAAACUGUUGAACUUCAAUGUGGAAAUUUUGUAACAUAAAAUGUAUAUGGUUCAGUAGCCCCCAGAUAGAACUCCUACUUAUUCAAGACCAUAACACAUGCCACUAUAUAACAUUAAGCAUAAAUUCAGGAAUACCAUGUUGGGAUCAGGGAUC